AUGAAGUGGCUGCUGUUGCUCAGCUUGCUGGCGCUCUCUGAGUGUGUCAUCGUCAAGGUUCCCCUCUUCAAGAAGAAGUCCUUGAGGCAGAACCUGAUCGAGCAUGGCCUCCUGGAGGACUUCCUGAAGACGCACAGCCUCAACCCAGCCAGCAAGUAUUUCCCCAAUCAGGAUGCCACCAUGAUAGCGGCCCAGCCCCUGGAGAACUACAUGGAUAUGGAGUACUUCGGCACCAUCGGCAUCGGCACUCCCCCUCAGGAGUUCACCGUCAUCUUCGAUACCGGCUCCUCCAACCUGUGGGUGCCCUCGGUCUACUGCAACAGUCCCGCCUGCGCCAACCACAACCGCUUCAACCCUCAGCAGUCCUCCACCUACCAGGCCACCAGCCAGCCCGUCUCCAUCGCCUAUGGCACCGGCAGCAUGACAGGCAUCCUGGGAUACGACACCGUCCAGGUCGGAGGCGUCGCAGACACCAACCAGAUCUUCGGCCUGAGCGAGACCGAGCCCGGCUCUUUCCUGUACUACGCCCCCUUCGACGGCAUCCUGGGUCUGGCCUACCCCCAGAUCUCGGCCUCCGGGGCCACACCCGUCUUUGACAACAUGUGGAAUGAGGGUCUGGUGUCCCAGGAUCUCUUCUCAGUCUACCUGAGCGGCAAUGACCAGAGUGGCAGCGUGGUGAUGUUUGGUGGCAUCGAUUCUUCUUACUACACUGGAAAUCUGAACUGGGUGCCCGUCUCUGUCGAGGGCUACUGGCAGAUCACCGUGGACAGCAUUACCAUGAAUGGGGAGUCCAUCGCUUGUAAUGGCGGCUGCGAAGCCAUCGUUGACACAGGCACCUCUCUGCUGUCCGGCCCAACCAACGCCAUUGCCAACAUCCAGAACGACAUUGGAGCCAGCCAGAACUCCUACGGCCAGAUGGUGAUCAGCUGCUCAGCCAUCAACGAACUGCCCGACAUCGUCUUCACCAUCAACGGCUACGAGUACCCUCUGCCUGCCAGCGCCUACAUCCUGCAGAACCAGCAGGGCUGUGUCAGCGGCCUGCAGGGCAUGAACCUCCCCACCUCCUCCGGAGAGCUCUGGAUCCUGGGUGACGUCUUCAUCCGCCAGUACUUUGCCGUGUUCGACAGGGCCAACAACCAGGUCGGCCUGGCCCCCGUGGCCUAA